UAUAUUCUCGAUUAAAAAGCCUUUUUUUGUUUUUUUAGAAUGUCCGGCGAAAAUUCAAAAUGGCGACUGUUGACGAGCCUCUUACCUUAGAAAAGGAUGUUAUCCGAGCUAUUGAACUGUUAGAUGUUCUACAGAGAAGUGGGGAAUUCCCUGCUGCAAAACUCCAAGCUCUUCAGAAGAUUCUACAGAGUGAUUUUUUGACAGCCGUACGAGAAGUUUAUGAGAAUGUUUACGAGACUGUUGAUAUAACUGGUAGUCCUGAAAUUAGAGCUAAUGCUACUGCUAAGGCUACUGUAGCAGCGUUUGCUGCAAGCGAAGGCCAUGCCCACCCACGUGUUGUUGAGCUGCCUAAAACAGAAGAAGGUCUGGGUUUUAACGUAAUGGGAGGAAAGGAACAGAACUCUCCCAUCUAUAUUUCACGCAUUAUACCAGAUGGCGUCGCUGAUAGAGCCAAGACUUUGAAAAGGGGAGAUCAACUUCUGUCCGUGAAUGGCGUGAGUGUGGAAGGGGAGAAUCAUGAGAAAGCUGUAGAAUUAUUAAAACAAGCUCACGGUAUGGUGAGACUGGUUGUAAGAUACACACCGAAAGUACUGGAGGAGAUGGAGUCACGCUUCGAUAAACAGCGAGCAGCUAGGCGACGACAGACCCCUUAGACCAUUACAGAUACAUUCCAUUAUAUUGACAUCAACAAGCAAUUAUAACUCCCCUCAAAUCAUUACAUACAAGAACAAGGCUCUCAUGUCAGUCAUAGUUAAUUGACCGACUGUUGAACUUACCUGUCAAUCGUAGUAACUAGUACCAGUCAGUCAUUUUACAUACCAUAAAAUAAGUUGCAAAGACAAUAACACUGUAACCCAGGUAUCAUUUAAUAUUGUGUAUCUAGCACUAAUUUCUUUCACAUUUGUUUAAUAACAAAUCUUUGUUUAAAAAUUGUUUAAAAUCAACAAAAAUCAUCCAAUUUCUACUUGUGUCCAGUUUAAAGCUGACUGUUCAUUUUUGAAAAGGAGUGUCCAAUUUACAAGCGUUUAAUUUCUUGAUCACUGUUGAAUGAUACCCGGGUUACAGUGUAAGUACAGUUAAAUAUAUCGUUCAAAAACAAUAAUUACAGUUAAAUUUAUCGUUAAAACUAUAUUUAAAAAAAAAUUGAUAUUAGCUCAGUUGUAAAAACACUUAAAAAUCUGAAGUAAACCAAAUAUAUAAAAUUGACGGACUGGCAACAUUUGGAAGUGAAAAUCCUGAUGUCUUUUGAAAACCAUUUACAAUUUUCUGACUAUUUAUUUUAAAUAUUUUAAAUAUUAUUUAUUUAUAAAAGGACAAAAAAACAAAACUGUUUUAAAAUCAUUGAUAUUGAUAACAUCAAAGAAAACUAGUUUUAGACAAGGAAUUCUAGUAGUUUAAGUUUUGGUACUUGCAGUAUUCUUGUGUAAAGCUAGUUCCUUAUUGCUCAGAAUGUCACUUAUCUGCCUAUUGCAGGUCUUUCUUUAGGCCUGAAAUGUUAUCUAAAUUAUUAAUUAGACAUUAAUAAUUAAGAGCCUGCGAUAUUUACUGGAUUAGAACCCGGUCUGCUAUUUCUGAUUAAAUCAAUAAAUGGAUAAUCGAGACUAUGUUUUUUUUAACAUACCGACUUUAGUAAUGAUGAUCGAGGCUAGGCCCAAAAUUCAAUCGCGAAAUACUCGGUUCAGGGUGGAUCAAUUUGACUGAAAUUUUCAGCAAAUUCCCUUUACACUAUCUAGGUUUUAACUAUUAUAGUGAGAACUGCCAGCUCUUUAUAUAUAAUUAUCUAAUCUCCCAUAAUGUAUCUUUAAGCUUUGGUACUUGCAAUAUUCUUGAGUAAUGCUAGUACUUCAUUGCUCAAAACGUCACUUAUUGUAAAAAAAAACAAACAAUUGUUAUAGUCAACAAAUUAAAGAAAAUUAGAGUUUUCAAAUGUAAUUGGAUAACAUUAGUGGUUUGUAGGAUUGAUUAAGUUUGUAGAUGACGGUAAUAUAGUAUUUUUUUAACUCCAUGUAAAUACAGCCCAGGUUAAGAGUCCCGACCCAAAUCAAACCUUGUUCUUAAUAAUAACAAUAUUGUAUAAUCCUGGUAGAAAAAAUUUGAAAUCAAUUUUACAUUUUAUGUUUUCAUUUGUUGUUGGAUAUAGAGUAGAUAUUAGUAGAGAUUGUUUGAUGGAACUACAUUUAUAAAGAAAUGAAAAACCCAUGGGAAGAACAAUCUAAGUCACAUUUUUGUGAUGGAUAAGAAUGUUUGACGUGAACAGAAAAAUGAGUAGGUUUAAUAGAACCAUAAUUACCAGUAGAACUGACUUCAACUUUUCAGUUCAAUAAGGCCAUUUCAAAAGGGCCCUGGAUAGAUAUGACCUGAAAUGGAUUGUUCUACAGAAAGCUUACCCUAUACAAUUUGCUACCAGAUGGUGCCAUUAACUGGGGUGGGUUCAUGAAAAAUGUGACGUAGAUCGUUCUUCCUCUGGGGUCUUCAAAUACAUAUUAUUAAUAACCAUGGGGAUAUCUGAUUGAAGGUUACAGAAUUGAAUCUCUCAAUCCCUCCAAUAGAGUUUAAAUGGGAAUUUCUGGCAAAUGAUUGCUUGAUUUCACCAAAUCAUUUUCGUGACUAACAAAUUGGGAUAGGGAUCCAUCAAAUUUGAACUAUUUUAAUCGUUUUGGUUGAACUAACAUGGUAAUUGUACUGGCAGAAAAUCCCUAAAAAUUUGAUGGUUAUAUGUACGAUGUUCCGAGGUUGUAUCAUUUCUGUGUAUUUUAGAUUAUUUAGUUACUAUAAUAUUAUAUAAAUAUAUAUCUUUGUUUAUUUACCUAUUAUUAAUAUUAAAGGGAAAACUUUAAAAAGUUGUGAUUUAUGAACCAGGAACUGGUCCCACAUUCUACACACAGAGAACUAUAUACUUUGAGUAUAGACCUCUGCCCUGAAUGGCCACCAUAUCUAAAGAUUAGUUUACUAUUUUGUUAUGAUUAUAGUAUUCCACGUGAUUGUGAUCAAAAACUAAUGGUUUAUCUAGCAUAGAUACGAUUAGAAUUUUAAGAUAUUUUUUUCCCCCCCCCCGCCAGUUUUCAAAAAGGAUCACCAGUACCCCAAAUAGUUAUCGUCAAAAUCAAAUUUUAAUCUCCAUUUACAUUUUUUUUUAUCGAAAAUACGACUUUAGGUCUGACAGUGUGUUUCCUGGUAAUGCGGUUUCACAUCAAUCAUACACACAAAGACCGAAUAAAGCCUUUUCUAUUUUGAUAAAUGUAAGCGAAAUAAAUACUUCUCACAUUUCGCGAAGUAUACUUACAGUUAUGACUAAAAUCAUCAAUUUUAGGAAUUAAAAUGUUAGUGUCUGUUCUCAAGCAAGGCAAUCCUAGAGAGACAGUGCAAGUUUAGUAUGCUGCUUCCAUGCCCUUGGUAAUCAUCCUCUUGAGGCAGCGCUCUUGAGUAUAGGAUGGACUUGAAACUUGGCAUGCGUGUUCUUUGAACAAUUGCUCAUUGAUCCACUGAGUUCAAUUUUUGAUGUGACAUCAUAAUUCCAAGUGGGCUGGUUCCUGGUUAUUGUUAGGAUGUACUAGUUUUUUUUAUGUAUGUAAGCUUAUAAAUUUUAUCUACUGUAUACAACCAAUAAAUUUGUGAUUAUGCAAAUAGA